AUGAGGUUCUUCCGUAUCCUCUUUACCGUCCCUGUGCUUUUUGCCUCUUUCACCACCGCACAGUCUCGGUUCGUGGUCACUAAAGAUGGCAAAUUCCAGGUCAAUGGGAGCGACUUCAACUGGAUGGGCACUACAGCGUACUGGCUGCCUUCUUUGAAUACAGAGCAAGACAUCAUCAAUACUUUGGCCAACAUAUCCACUGCUGGGUACACGGUGGUGAGAACAUGGGCCUUCAACGACGUCGAAACGACUCCUACCAAUGGAACAUGGUUCCAGUUGAUUAACAACGGGUCUACCGUCAUCAACACCGGUUCAAAUGGCUUGCAAAAGUUGGACAUGGUCCUGAAGCACGCAGAGCGAUUUGGACUCUACGUCAUCCUCUCUCUGACGAAUAACUGGAAUCCGCGUGAAAAUCUCGAUCGUCGCCUCGAGUCCGACAUUCAGGCUAGGACACUUUGGGACCGUGAUGUCACUCCUGGUACCAACAACUCCCUUCCUAGAAACUUCCUCAGUAAUGAUUACGGUGGUAUGGAUGUUUAUGUGCGCCAGUUCGGCUACGAGAACCACGACGACUUUUAUACGACUGCCGCAAUCAAGAACGCGUUCAAGAACUAUACGACGCAGAUCGUUUCACGUUACAAGAACUCCUCUGCCGUCUUCUCCUGGGAGAUUGCAAACGAUCCGAGGUGCAGCUCUACUUUGGGUGCCUCUUCAAACUGUGAAACCCGUACCGUAACCCGGUGGCACGCAGAAAUAGCUCGACACAUUCGUUCGGUCGACCCCAACCACUUGGUUUCCUCUGGGAACCACGGUUUCUUCUGUUUCGACUGUCCAAAGCUAUCCGAUUCAUCUCCAUCUCCACCCUCCCCCUCCCCCUCCCCCUCACCCUCAUCCUCACCUCAAUCUCGUAGAAGCCUUCACCCUCUCACCAAGAAGAGGCUCUUACAGGAACGACGAGAACAGUGGAAGAGGACGAGGGUUGCUGCUAUCCAGUCAAGAAAUCUCCCCACCGAAGGCAUACGUGUUCGUGGUCAAUGGGACGCUACGCCAACCAGAAGACAGGUUGGCAAUGGAGUCGGUUCUGCAUAUGACGGCAGCGCCGGUGUUGACAGUCAAGAUAUUCUAGCCAUCAAGGAGAUCAGCUUCAGCUCAUUUCAGCUUUUCCCGGAUCAGAACAGCUACGGAGUUGACGAUCCUAAUCUUUCCCCGUACGACAACAUGGUCCAGAAUGGUGUGGAAUGGAUUACUGCGCAUGCAAGGGCUGCCCAGAGCUUGCGGAAACCUGUCGCCUUGACAGGAUUCGGUCUCGUUACUCAAGCCAAUGCCCCGUCUUUCGUACCUUUCAACUCCUCCACACCUCCCUUCACCAACCAAAGUGCUGGUGUCACGGAUGAGCAACGAGAUGCCGCGUACGACACUUGGUCCCAGACCGGGGUAACAUAUGGUCUUCAGGGCAUCAUGCAAUAUCAGUGGGGGCAAACGGGACUGACCACACAACCGGGCACUACUAUUUCACCCAAUAUCAAUGGUACCACCCAGAGCACGAACGUUAAUCAGACAGAGGCCGGACAGUCUCCUAACGAUGGUUACGCUAUCUUUAAUGCCGAUCGAUCUAAGGUUCAACGUAUUUUUUCCGACGCGGUAUGA